AUGUCGCUGCUCACAGAUAAAGACUUUGUGGAAGGUUUACCCAGUGCUUUGGAUCUGUUUACUAUGCCCCCAUACCAAACGAGUGUGUUUCAACAUUACUACGUCGAUGUUAGACUUGUUAGUCAAAUUACAGAUUCGUCACCGGUAGAAUUUCAAAUUGCAAAUAGUGGAAGUGACUACGUGGAUUUGAAACGAAGUCGUUUACAUGUUAAACUGAAAGUGAGUCAUUCCGAUGGAACGGUUUUGGGUAAGGACGAACACGUGGCACCAGUAAAUUUAUUCAUGCAAGCUCUGUGGUCGCAAGUCGCUGUGUAUUUACACGGUCAGCUGGUGAGUUCGGCGAAAAAUCAUUAUCCCUACAAAGCAUACAUUCAAACCGUACUGAAUUAUGGAGCAGAAGGUAAACAAUCGCAACUCCAGUCUCAGCUGUUUUACAAGGACGUCGGAGAGACGCAAGCAAACAUCGAAAGCACCAAUCCUAUCACUGGCACUAAUUCUGGAGUAUCGGAUCGAGGAGCGCACAUCGAAAACACCAAAACGGUUACCGUAGAAGGUCCCCUGUGUGAAGAUAUUUUUAACAUGGGCAGAUAUCUGGUAAAUGGGGUGGAUAUGACACUCAAGUUAUUUCGGAGCUCCAUACCCUUUUGUUUGAUGUCUGGGAAGUCCGGUCAGGAGUACAAGAUCGAGCUCUUAGAUAUUUACGUCAAGAUAUGUAAACUGAAAAUGAACAGUGCACUUAUUUUAACACACAACAAGAUGUUUGAAAAGUCUAACGCCUUAUACCCAUUCGCUAAAACCGAAGUUAAAAUGAGUAGUAUUCCGUCGUCUCAACAGAGUUUCGUGUGGGACAGUGUGUACCAGUCGCAGUGUCCAAACAGACUGAUUGUUGGUUUUGUCGACGGUGACGGAGUGAGUGGAUCAUACACAAAGAACUCGUUUAACUUCCAGAGUUCAUUCAUGAAAACGGUGGGCUUAUAUUUGGAUGGUGUCAGUGUGCCCGGUCGACCAGUCGAAGCAGAUGACGUCAGUGCCUACGUGAAUUUGUUUGAAGGUGUUAAUAGCUGGAACCUGGAUUGUGGAAAUUAUAUUGAAAGAACCGAAUUUUCUUUGGGAAAUGGUCUGUUUGUGUUCAACCUUGAACCCGUUUUCGUGGACUCUGAUUAUUUAAGUUUAUUAAAAAACGGUAACUUAAGGUUAGAAGUACAGUUUAAAUCGGUUUUGACAAAAACUGUCAGUUGUAUAGUGUAUGGUGAAUUUCCUAGCUUAAUUGAAAUUGAUCAAACCAGAAAUGUGUAUGUCAAAUAAAGAAUAUCAUGAAUGGAAAGCAGAUUCAGUGUGCGAUUGACUGUGACUCAGAUUUAUGUGCACGCAUUGUAGGUGUUUACUCGAGUAACACAAUGCCUCGAGUAAUCCGAGAUGAACGUUGGGGGUGUAUUGUCAACACAGAUCCAUCUAACCUCCCGGGUACACAUUGGGUUGCAUUUUAUUAUAACCAAAACAAAGGAGAGUUUUUCGAUAGUUUUGGCAAACCACCUGAAUAUUAUAAUAUAAAAUUCGUUACAUUUCUUAAAAAGCAUUGUAGAUCUUAUGUUUACAAUCUUAAAUGUUUGCAAGCUUCAACUGGAACCACCUGUGGUUUUCAUUGUUUGUAUUAUCUGUUACAAAAAUGUAAAAAUAAAUACACAAUUAAUGAAAUUGUGAAUCAGUUCGGUAAAGAUAAACUUCACAAUGAUAUAUUUGUAUCCAGGUUUAUAUGUCGUUACUUUAGAUAUUGUGAACCAUCUUGUUUAUGUAAAUACUAGUACGUUGUAUUUGUAAUACAAACAUAUUGGUGAAAAUGUAGAUACUUUAAAUAUUGUACAUAAUCAUGAAUCCAGUUUUAUUUGUUUACUAUAAACUGUUGUAAACAACCAUGUGUUUGUAAAUGCUAGCAAGUUUUUAAAUAAUAUAUAUAUAUUGUAUCACAAAACGCUGGUUUGUUAUAUUUAAACACUAGUAUACAUAUUAGUUUAGUAGUAGAUAGUAUAACUAAGGGAGAUAAUUCUGUUUGAAAAGAACACAUGCGAAGGUUUAUGGGUAAUAUUGCUAUUCUUAGCUCCUAUCGCGGAAGUUCAACAUGCUACAAAGUGAAUUUGUUUUGGUGAUUAUGCACACUGUUGUCAACAGUCAGAAUUCGUUCAUUAGAAAAUGUACAGGUUCGCCUGUACUUGUGUGUACAGGACAGAACGAUCUACAGCACGUAGAGGGAAUGCCACUACCACUGGUGAAAGUUAUACUUCUGACACAUGCUGCAGAUGUCAAAAUACGGACAUCGCUAUUUCCAAACUUGAUGAGAAUUAAAGGAGGGAUGGCGACGUGCAACUCUGUUUUGUUUGAUCAGAAAACAUGAAGGACCAUUUUGGUUAAUGGAGAAAAAUGUGCAUGGAUACUCUAUUCUACUACUUCCGAGUUGAAGAGCGAAACAGCAGAACCAUCCUGUUUUAUGAUCACACAUUAUUCAGAAGUCGGCGUCGUUGUCUGCGUCGAGCAUUGAGACAUAACUUAAAUCAAUAUAACAAUGCACGAAUUAAAGUAAUUAUGUGUACUGUUUAUCCUACAAGUGAACGUAUCAUCAACAACAACAACAAUUCACUGAGGAUACUCUUUGAAACGAUUCUGGUGGCGUUUUACCUGCGAGUUUCACCCGCUGCCAUAAACCAGAUGACAAAAGACAGAUGUAAAGGUUGUGAAAUAAACCACCCUUCGCAAGUACAACACAGCUGUCUGAUGUAUUCAGCAAGUGAUUCUAUUGAUGAUUACUUCAGUGAUACACUGGAUUCGUUACCACACGAAGCUAUUGUUCGCGACGCUGAACGCUUCCUACACAUAUACGAAACACGACGUUUUCAUGAAAUUAAUAUUUUGCUUUACACCAGUGUUGAAUGGAUGAAAGAACAUUUCUUCAAUGAACAUCGUCGUAACGUUCUGGAGCUUCUUUUGCGCGUACACAAGGUGGAAUGACAUUGUUCUAUCUUAAGAACUAUAUAUUCAAGCCACUACACUAUAGAAUAAAUAAUCAGGAAAACUAUAGAAAAGAAACACUUUAUUACAUUUCAAGUUUCAUAUUUCAAGUUUCAUCUAAUAGUUCUCUAACAACUUUAAUUUCUUAACGCCGGGAAUGCCCGUGCUUGCUUUUCUUUUUAAAUAAAACUGAUUGUUCUUUUUAACAAAA